AUGUCCGACUCUGGCAACGAUGCUGGCGACUCCGGCUCCAGCUCCGGUCCUUCAUUCACUGAGCGCGAAAUGCAGAUGCUGGCAUGGGCCAUGCAGUCCCUCAAGUCUGGUCCUCCUGACAUCGACUACGAGAAGCUGGCUCAAUACGCUGGCAUGACCAACCCGCGCUCCGCCGGCAACGCUUGGGCAAAGAUUCGCAACAAGCUCAACGCCGCAACUGACGGUGCUAUUGCUACGCCCAAAAAGACGUCGCAGAAGAAGAAAGCCGCGGCGAAGGCCGAGAAGACUUACGACGACGCUGAUGGCGAGCCGGAGACGCCCAAGAAGGCCACGCCUCGCAAGCGCACUCCCAAGAAGCAGGAGGUGGAUGGCGAGGAAGCUUCUCCCAAGAAGCGUGGUCGCCCGGCCCGCCCCAAGAACAAGAAGUCUUCCGACGAGGAGGAGGCCGCUGCCGUCGAGACCGAGGCUACCGCUGACGACAAGGUUAACGAGAAGAUGGAGGAUGUCGACGAUGGCAAGCCUGAGGCCACCCCCGCUCAGGAGGAGAUCUAG